GGGUCAAUCGUCCGAUCCCGAGGCCAGGUCAUCGCCUCAGGCUAGAGCGAAGAGUAUAUAUAUAUAUCUGGUUCGAGAACGGUUCAGCCACCCACACAACUCGCAUCUCCCCUCUCCUCUUACACCAAACCAAUCUCUUUUCCACACCCCUCACAAAUACUUCACACUAAAACACCCACACACACACUAUGGACGCCAUCAAGCAAGUCGUCUCGGACGUUACCAACUCUGCCCAGCAGCAGACCGGACAAGCCGGUGCCCACCCGGGUCCCGACGAGUUCAAGGGUGCCGACCACUCUCAGCGUGACGAGGGUCGCAAGGUCGGUAUCCAGGCCGACAUGGCCAAGGACGUCAAGACCACCGACGUCGAGGCCGAGGACGGUUUCGACUCGUACAAGCCCGCCGGCAAGAUGAUCGACCGAAAGUGUCUCGUCACCGGAGGAGACUCGGGUAUCGGUCGAGCCGCCGCCGUCAUGUUCGCCAUGGAGGGUGCCGACGUCGCCAUCAACUACCUGCCCGAGGAGCAGGUCGACGCCAACAAGGUCCAAAAGACCAUCCAGGCCUUGGGCCGACAGUGUCUCUUGGUCCCCCAGGACCUGCGUGACAUGGAGGGAUGCAAGCGAGUCGUCGAGACCGUCGUCAAGGCUUGGGGUCGAAUCGACGUCCUCGUCAACAACGCCUCGGUCAUGUACGAUUGCCCCGACAUUACCGACAUUUCGGACGAGCAGUUCCACCACACCAUCGACCUCAACAUCAAGGGAACCUUCUUCUUGACCCGAGCUGCCGUCCCCCACAUGGGCAAGGGAUCUUCCAUCAUCGUCACCGCUUCGCAAGUCGCCUACGCCGGUCCCCCCUCGUUGCUCGACUACACCAUGACCAAGGCCGCUCAGGUCGGUAUGGUCCGUGGUUUGUCCAACCAGCUCAUCGGCAAGGGAAUCCGAGUCAACGCCGUCUGCCCCGGACCCGUCUACACUCCCUUGCAAGAGGCCGCCAUGUCAAAGGGAACCUUGUCCGAGUGGCUCAAGAACCCUGCUCCCAUCGGAAGGAUCGGACAGCCUUCGGAGCUCGGUCCGGCCUACGUCUUCUUGGCCUCCGCCGACGGAUCCUUCAUCUCUGGACAGUCUAUCCACGUCAACGGAGGUGCCAUCGUUGCUUCGUAAACGGUUCAGAAUUCUUCCAAGUGCUCGGAGACCGCUGUAUCCAAAUAGUAAUAAUCGUAUCACAAGCAUUAUCAAAUAGAAUCCAGUUGUUCAGAAUCCGAUGGGUGGGCAGGCGAGCAGAAUAGGCAACUGGUGCGCACAUCACCUGAAUGGCAAUAUCGCAUG